AUGCCACCCAAAAGAUAACAUCAUAAAACUUAGUCCUCAGAAAUAUCACCUUUGGCUCUAAUGAGUUAUCUCUCAAAUAGAGAAUAAAUUUAAGCAAGAUUCUCUAAUUCACCUACAUUAUAAAUGGAUUUUAAAGUAAUAUAAUUAAUUCAUUUCAGGCUAACAAAUAAAUUAUUCAUUAAUAAAGUCCAUUGCUAAAAUAGAAUGGUUCUUAAAGUAAUUUGAGAAUUACAUAAUAAUAGUAUUAAUUUAUUAAAUAAUCUGAGGUAAACAUAAAGAAAAAUAUAAUAAUCAGAUUUGCUCAAAUCAAAAGAUUUCAUGUCUCCGAAAUUUGUUAGUCAAGAAAAAAAGUUAAUACCCUAAAAAACUGUUAUCAGAUAAGGAGGAAAUCAUAUCAAAACUCAACCCCAUUCUCAUUAAAACUCCUAAUCAUAAACCACAAAAAUUGAUAAAAUAUAAGACGAUUACAAAUAAUUAUCUCUCAUCUCCUCUGCAUUACCAAAAUCAUCUGAAAUUAUUUUGACCUAACCUUAAUCUGCUACUAAUAAAACAGAACUCACAUUAAAAUAGAAAGCUGAUUUAGCUAUUUAAGAAAUGAAAUAAAAACAAUAAGAAGAAUUGUUAUAAAGAAUAAAUUUUUAAAAAUCUUUAGGAGUUUCUAGUGCUAAACAUUAAUCAUAACUGUUUUUAUAAUAAAACUCAUAUAAAUCAAGUAGCACAAAACAAUUAGAAAGUUAAAAAUUAAAAACUCAUUCAGCUUCUUAACCAAUUAUUGAGUUUACUCCAAAUAAACCAAUUACAACUAGGUAAGGAAUUUAAUUAUUUAAUAGAAUGUAAUUAUAAGAUACAAUAAAUCUUAUAUUAUUAUGCAAAUCUCUUAAAGAGAAAAUAACUAUAGAUGUUUAAUAAAAUUCUAUACAAUUUUUGGUUGAUUUAGUUAAACAAAUAAUUUCUAAAAACUUUGGAACAACAUUACCAACAGUUAUUGGAAUUAUUACUUGUAAUAUUUCAAUACCUGUUGAUUAUAUCUUAUCUAAAGUAGAUAGACCUCUAUCUCUAUUAAGUUCUAGCCAUCUCUAACCAUUAAUUAUUGAACCAGUAUUUGCAUUAGAAAAUGAAAUAAAAACUCCCAGACUCAGUUUAAAAGAUUUUGAAUUUAUAAGAUGUAUAGGAAUGGGAGGAUUCUCUAAAGUUUAUAUGGUAAGAGAAAGAAAAUCAGGAUAAUAUUAUGCAAUGAAAUUAAUAGAAAAGAGUCCCAUAAUCUAAUAAAAUAAAUAAAGUAUUAUAUAAAAUGAGAGAGAUAUUAUGUCUAUACUUAAUCAUCCUUUUAUUGUAAAAAUGCAAUAUGCUUUUGAAUCUAGAAAAUAUUUAGUUUUUGUUUUAGAAUAUUGUUCUGGAGGAGAAUUAUUUUAUCUUUUGAGAAAAGUAUAAUUCAUUAAAUAUACAUUUAGGUUAAAAGAAUGAAGGAAGAGGAAGCAUUUUUUUACUUUUCAGAAAUUUGUUUAGGCAUGAAAAACCUACAUGAAAAUAAUAUUAUUUAUAGAGAUAUUAAACCAGAAAAUAUAUUAAUUGAUUUUGAUGGUCAUGUCAGAAUAGCUGAUUUUGGUUUAUCAAAGCCUAAUAUGACAGAAUAAGAUGUUGGAUAUUCAUUUUGUGGAUCCCCUGAAUAUAUGGCACCUGAAAUGUUAUUAAAAUCUGGACACACAUUUCAAUUAGAUUUGUAUUGUUUAGGAGCAUUGCUGUAUGAACUUGUUACUGGUUUACCUCCUUAUUAUUCGAGAAAUACAGAGGAGAUAUACACUAGAAUACUUAAUUAGAAGUUAAAUUUUCCUCCUUAAUUAUAAAUGUCCCCUUAAAUUAAAGAUUUAUUGAAUAAUUUAUUAGCUAAAAAUCCAAAAAAUAGAAUCGAUUCUAUUGAUACUUUAUUAAAACAUCCAUGGAUGAUCUAAUGGGGUGAUAAAAAUUUAUAUAAAGAUAUUUUAUAAAAAAAGAUUGAACCCCCUUUUAAACCAGAUCAUUAUUCGUUUAAUUUCGAUGAAUAAGAAUUUGGCCAAGGUGAGGCAGAAUUCUUAGCAUUUAUAAAACCUCUUUAGUAAAAUAUCUCUGAAAAUUUUCCUAAAGAAAUUAUAUUAAAACAAUUUUAUUAUAAUAAUAAUGAAGCUAAUUUUUAGGAAAGCACUGGUGGUACUAGAAAUAAUUAAAUGGAAUAUUAAUCUAUAUAAAAGUAAAAAAGUAAGAAAUUUAAUACAUUUGAGAGUGAAAAUUAAAUGAAUCAAUAAGAUUAAAAAAUUUAUAUUUUAAAUUAAAUGAAAACUCAAACAGAUCACGAUUAAAAGAGAAAGUCAGCGUGA